AUGAUGCAAUUCUUUCUAAGAGGCACUCAGGGGAUGAAGAACCUCCCAGAAGGAAUCUUUGGGAAUGUCACAUUCCAGGAAAUGUUCAUCUCGGACACGAGCUUGGAAACGGUGGAUCCCUCGGCAUUGCUCUCGUCGAAGGAUCGCCUCCAACGCCUUACGAUUACGAACAGCCGCCUCAAGGAGUUCCCGUUCCACGUCCUCCCUCAAAUGAGCCUGCUAAGGGCGCUGAACCUCGCAUCGAAUGCCUUGAAGUCAGUGACGCCCCUUGGAAACCUCAGUCGACAAAAUCUCUCUCUCUGGAGCAAUGGAACAAACGCACUCCAACUGUCAUGGCCCACAUCGGACUUGGAAAGUCUGGACAUAAGUAACAAUCCCAUCUCGAAGCUCUCCCCUGGACUGGUCGAGGGCAUGAGGCUCCUGACGUCUUUUGAUGCGUCCCAUUGCAACCUGGGACCCAUUCUGCGAAGUGGUUCCUUGACCUUCCACAGCGAAAUGUUGUCAGCAGUGUACCUCCACCAGAAUAACCUGACGCGACUGGAAACUGGAUCCAUUGCAGGUCUGCAGGGCUCUACCAUGGUUUACCUAAGCGAAAACAACAUCACGGAUUUGACGGAAGGCGCCUUCCGACCCAUGCUUGAAGAAAUCUCGCAAGGAGAAUCCGGCCGCAUCAUUCUUUGGCAGAACCCCAUCCAGUGCGACUCUUGGCUCGGGAGUAGCCAGAACUUCACAGCGUUUCUGGCGAGAUUGCUUUGCCCAGACGCCGGCAAAAUUUCCCCCUGCACCUGCUACUUUUAUCAGUUCACCGGAGAAUUGACUGUGGACUGUUCGCAAGCGAAUAGUAGUGAGAUCUUUUCGGCAUUCAACAAUGUCAGUUGGUCCCCUGCUUUGCUCACGAACUACAAUAUACGAAUGAAAUUCUCGAUGACGGGAAACGAUGAGGUGCAGGAACUCAAAAAGGGAGCCUUCGGGAACGUCACUUUCAACAACAUCCUGAUCGAAAGCACCAUCUUGGCCACAAUGGACCCCUCGACGCUGCUUCAAUCGAAGAAUCGACUCGAGACCCUCUCCAUCAAAGACAGCCUUCUGGCAGCAUUCCCGUUUCACAUCCUUCCUCAAAUGGUUCGACUGGGAGCGCUGGACCUCUCGUCCAACUCGCUGAAGACGGUGCCGGCCCUCGCCAGUCAGAGCUUGCAGAUUCUCAGUCUCUUGAACAAUAACAUCAGCUCGCUCAAACCGGGAUGGUCAGUGUCCAACUUGAACGGCCUGGAAAUCGACAACAAUCCUAUCUCCAAGCUUCCUUCCGGACUGGUCGGGGGCAUGAGCAAGUUGAAGACCUUUUCAGCGUCUAACUGCAAUCUGGGACCAACUUUGUCAAACGGAUCUUUGACGUUCCGCAGCGAAACUUUGGCGGCAAAACAAUAUCACGGAACUGACGGAAGAAUCGUUCCGGCCCAUGCUCGACGCCCUCCCUUUAGGGUCAAACGGGCGAAUCUUCCUUUCUGGUCGGUUGCUUCCUCUCCUCGCAAGGCUCUCGCUCUCGCCAUCUUCACUGGAGGCUUCCCUUCUCGCCUUUCCAUUCCAGAGAACCCUAUCCAGUGCGAUGACUGGCUCCUGCGCAGUCAAGAAUUCGUGGAAUAUCUGCAGAGACUGGAGGGGCUGACGUGCAGAAUUUGUCCCAAUCCCGAUGAAAUUUCGCCUUGCACGUGCUCGUCUGAUUCCUCAAGCGACAUGACCGUGGAUUGUUCGCAAGCGAGGAGCAGCGAGGAGAUCUCCUCGGCCUUCGGUCAAUUCUUCUGGCUGGAAAACCGGUUCGCGAGCGACACCGUACAAUUGCGAUUCAGAAUGGAGAAUAACGAUGCAGUGGAGGAUCUCCCAGAGGGGGUUUUCGGGAAUGCCUCCUUCAGCAGCAUGCACAUUUGGAACUCCGCUGUGGUGAAGGUGGAUCCCGCGGCGAUUCGCUCGUCCAAGGAUCGGCUGGAGGAACUCGCGAUGGCGGGCGGCCGCCUCGAGGAGUUCCCGUUCGGGGUUCUUCGCGAGAUGAAGAAGCUGGUGAAGCUUCAAAUUUCAUCGAAUGCGUUGGCGGCAGUGCCGGCGCUGGAAAGUCGGAGUUUGCUGCUUCUGGAUCUGUCGAACAAUCAGAUCGGCAGCCUCGAGCCCGGCUGGUCCUUGCCGUUGCUGGUGAACCUGGACAUCGGCGGAAAUCCCAUCUCGAAUUUCCCUUCCGGAUUGGUUGAUGGCAUGGCAAACCUCAAUUCAUUUACUGCCAGUGGCUGCAACCUUGGGCCGAUUCUGCCGCAAGGGUCGUUGGCGUUCAACAGCAAAAGCUUGGAGGAGGUAUACCUUGGAUUCAAUCGGAUCGACAGAGUGGAACCAGGAGCCAUCACAGGUCUCGGACCCGAUACGACGGUUUUUCUUUACGGAAACAGCAUGAGGAAACUGACGGAAGACACUUUCCGACCGAUGCUGGAUACCCUCCAACUCGGCGAUGGGAGGAUUUUGGUAGAUGGAAACCCCAUGAAGUGUGAUGCGAGCAUGGCCUGGCUGGUGCUCGACCCCAAUUUCAUCCAGCUGAAGCAGAGCGUCGCGUACAUCUCAUGCGCAGAUGGCAGUUCCCUUCUUGAGCUUUUAAUACUUCGUUUGCUUCAUCUUGUCCUUCCCUUUCGAUGGGUCCAACUGGAGUGAAGAUCCAGCCUCCGCGUCCUCGCCCUCACUUCGUCGUCUGCACGCCUUCGCUCUGUCUUCGAACUUCUCGAUGUGCAGCAGGGACACUGAGUUGUGUUUGAAGUCUCCAUAGGGAGCACAAGGACGAAGAGGGGGAAUCAGUUGCUUCGAAAUUAUCCCACUGUUGCUCCAUUUUUCUCUCUGAUGGUGAAAGAAACUGAGUUGAGUGCAUUUUCCCGUCCCAGAAAAGAGUGGCAAAUAACAAGAAAACUUGAUGGCGCAAGGAAAUGGAAGAACUCGCUUCAAAAAGUCGUUUCCAUUUGAACCAACGAAACCUGAGGUUAAACACAUUACCAUUACAAGGCCGAGUGAGACUCGCAUGAGAUCAAGCUCUCAAUUGCAAAGAAAGUAGACUCCAGGGCGGAAGAAGAACCAGUGUAUGAGUAAGGAAUCGAGUUGCUGGGCUGUGCCCUGCAAAAUCAAUAUUUCCCUUCACCUUUACCUCUGUGAAGCGAAUGAGGCUAAUUUGCUUUGAGGCCAGAUUCCAACGCAUUGGGUAUCAAAGUCCAAGGAUGGAGGAAGCAAUAUAUUGUCAUAUUUAUUCAUAUAUUUUAUUAUUCUCAAUAUAUUCUCUGCUCCCACCAAUAAAAUAUCACACUCUUUGCGCUUAUGCCUUUUUCCUGAGAAAUAUACGC